ACCGGCUCGGCCACCAUGCCGCCACAGAGUUCGCCGUGGCCGGAGCUGUGCAGGGACGUCCUCGAGCAGGUCUUCAUCCUCCUCCCUCCGCACGACCCCGGAUCCCUCAUCCGCGCCUCGCUCGUCUGCAGACCGUGGCGCGCCUUCCUCACCAGCCCCGGCUUCGCCCGCCGCUACCGCGAGUUCCACCGGACCCCGCCCCUGCUCGGCUUCUUCGAAAACCACGACACCGUCAUGCCGUGGUUCGCGCCCUCGUCCCCCUCCGCCUCCCCCUUCCCCCCGCUCUUCCCCGACCGCCGCAACCUCUACGUGCUCGACUCCCGCCACGCCCUCGUCCUCCUGAGAAACCCUAUUCGAACCGAUGUCGGUGACCACGCCGUCAGCCUCAUCGUCUGGGACCCCGUAGGCCGCCGCCAGUGGGAGUUCCCGCCUCCGGAUUUCGCCAGUACCGUGCUCUACGACGUGGGGGUGGUGGUCUGCGCCGCCGACCACUGCGACCACCUCGCCUGCCAUGGCAGCUCCUUCCUCGUGGGCUACGUGGGCACCGGCUACUCGAGCGCCUACGCCUCCGUCUUCUCUUCGGAGACGAAUAGCUGGAGCCCCACCGUCUCUUGUUCUCACCCUGAUAUCCAGAUCUUGAUAUGCCAGCCCAAGCCCCUUGUGGGGAAUGCAGCGUACUCCAUCUGCGUGUCCGAAGACGAGGAGUAUGACGAGGAGGAGACGGAUGAGGAUGAGGAUGUAGUUCUGCGGUUCGACCUGUUCAGCCGGGAACUAUCAAAGUUUGACGGGCCACCCAUCCAUCGCAACUCCCGCUAUGUUCUCAUGAAAACAGAGGAAGGCGUGCUGGGAUGCGCGACUAUGCAGGGAUCUCGUUCUCGGCUUCACCUGUGGUCGACGGAGACUGGUCCCGACGGAGCAGUGGCAUGGAUGCAACGCAGGGUCGUCGACCUCCACAAGCUGCUCCCUUCUAACACAUUCUUCUCUGUGAUUGGCUUUGAGGAUAGAGCUGGUGCCUUUUAUCUGAUGACCUAUGAUGGUGUCACCACGGUUGAUCUGAAGUCAGGCCGAGUCAAGAAGAUAUCCAUCGACAAUUCCAGUAUCGUUCCCUACAUAAGCUUCUAUACUCCAGAUCAAGCUGGGACAAUAAUGCAUCCAUCAACCCUGGCCUCCUCCUCAGAGAAUGUUGAGGUGGCCCAAGAUGAGUACCGCGAUCUGCUGCUCCUGCGCUCAAGCGGGCAGGUGGGCGACGUGGGGGAGUGCGGCGGAUGGGAGGAAGUGCGCGACAAGGAGAAUGAGGGUGAUGAGGAGAAAGGGGAACAGAUGGAGAAAGAUGUGCAGGAGCUUUGCACGUUUGGGUUCAAGGCCAUUGAGAAUAAGGACUUCUCGGGCGCUGUAGACUGCCAACGCAGGAUCCUCAAGACCAGGGUGGCACAUCAUGGUAAACUUUCUCCAAAGUGUUGCAGUGCAUAUUACAACUAUGGAUGUGCUUUGCUACGGAAAACUCAAUCAAUUCAAGAUCCAGAGGAUGAUCCAGAGAAUGAAUUUUGGCCAGAUUUGUAUCUGGCCUGGAAAAUGUUGCAUGUUGCAAGGGCAAUAUCUGAGAAGAGUCCUGGCAGCAAUAUGGAGAAGUAUAAAAUCUUUGCUGCUCUUGCUAAAGUCUCUGUGGAAAUAGACGACACCGAUUACUCGCUCAUUGCGUGCUUCAAAGCUUUGGCCAUGUUGGAGCAUUUGCUGGAGUGUGAUCAUCAUCAUAUUAUCAAUCUAAACUUACAGGUACGUUUUGCCUUCGAGUUGGAAUCCAUGAUUGGAGAUGCAAAGGCUAUUUCAUUGUUCAAGUCACGUAUAGAGAACUUGAAAAGGGCGAGUGAAGAUUUGUUGGCUGAUAAUGGUGAUGAUGCAUCAUUUACUGAAGUUGGCUCAGAAAAAUCCUUUCCAGCCAAGGAAAUACGGUUCCUUACUGACACAUUAUUGGGUGCAUUGGAGCACAAGCUUGAAGACCUGGAGCAAGCAAAUAUCAACCCCAGUUUCAGAGGCAAAUGCUGGAGCCGACCUUGAGGGCGGCUGCAGGCUGAAGCAUCGGACGAGCUAAGCUCAAGCAAAUCUCUGUAGAUGAUAGCAACGACAGCUUAGAUGUUGACAGAGAAAGCUCUGUAUCAGAGUAGAGUACAGUUCCGUUACCCCUAUUUGUUAGCAGCUUAUUCCUGGAGCCUUUUAGCUUGCGAUGUGGUCCCGUUUUAGUUAGACGUAAACAGCCGCAUGCCCCCUUUUGUUCUGCUUAAUGCCGACUAAGCUCUUCAGUUUCGGCAUGUAUGACUGGUUUCAGUAGUCAAAUUUCGUUUAGCUCAAGUCAAGGGCAAUGUUCCUGAUAUGGAUCUACUGCUUGUCUGUCUGCACCUUCCUGGAAAAGCCUGUUGAAACAUGGUACUUGCACAUUCCUUUGUAAAAUGCUGCUGGUAAAGAAUUUUAGAUGAGUAUUUUUUCGA